AAGUAAUUCGGGUAUCUAACAGCUAUUUAAAGUCACUUUGUAUGUAUGCAUAUAUGGUUGAUGUAUAUGUAUCACUUGCUAGCUUAAAUAACUUGUUCGAGUUAAAUCUUACUCUGUGCAGUCUAUGAAUACCGGGAAAGAUACAAGUAGAGUAAAAGAAAUGAAAAAAUAGUGAUCCAAAUCAAUGAGAUUUAGAUCGAUUAGUGACACAUAGUGAUUCUUAUUGGUGACAAUCGUCGUACGAGUUUUAAUACAUAUUGUUUGAUUAUCAUCUCAUCUGGAAAACAGAUACAGAGAAACUUGAAACCGUUACUCGAAGCUAAGCGCGACAUGUAUUGCAUAAUGCAAUAAUUCCCUUAACGUUGUAUGUAUUCUAGAAUAUUAAACCUAACAGUAUUGUUACAAGACACGGAACAAAAUGAAAAGUAAAUGAAACAAUUUAUGAUAAAGUUUUUAUUUGAUCCUUUUUAAAACCAACUGACGAAUCGCGUCUUAAUUUAUUUUUAAUGAGUUAUUUUUAAUUUAGUUUUAAUGAAUUUCAUUUCUUUCGAAUUCAUACAACGUAUUUAAACGGAAAUAAAAACUCAUACGGAAUUCUUCCUUGUAUCUUCUUACAUUUCUUUAUAAUUUAUUCUUUUAAAUAAUUUUUCAUCAUGAUUCCGAACAUCAUUGCUUUGGCUGUAUCCACUUGUUACAUUCUAUUAACGAGUUUAAUCGCAUAUUGGAUGAGAAGAUAUGUCAUUUAUUACAUAAAAGAACCUUUGAUACAAUCUUUAUUUCUCGAAGGAAUAGCAACAGCUGAAUUAUGCGGUGCCUGUUUUGAACUGAUUAUAAUUGCUGAUAAUUGGGGAGUAUCCAUGUACGCGAUAUAUUUAUUCGUAUUAACGAUUUGGUGGAGUUUGAAUUGGGACGAUGCCAGUGCUUGUCCUUAUACGCAUCUCGAAGAAGCUGUAGAAGGAAAGAAAUCUUUGCGCAUCGCUUUUCUGUUAAUAUGGGCAGAACUUAUUGGUGGCCUCGUUGUAUUUCGAUAUAUACAAUUGUUGUGGGCGUUAGAAAUCGUACCUACGCACAAAAAUAAAGCUUUUGAAGAUUGCACUACGGAUUUGCAGGUGCCUGUUAUAUUUGGUGCACUUGUAGAAUGCCUAGCAACAUGUAUAUGCAGAAUAGUAUCCCGUGGAUUAGGCGAAUUUAAUUCAACUUUCUGUACUAUCAUCGAUUCCUUCGUUGGAACUUCUUUAGUCGUUGCAGCGUUUAAUUAUUCCGGUGGCUACUUCAAUCCUGCGUUGGCUACAUCGUUGAAGUAUGGUUGUUUAGGAACAACUUUUAUGGAACAUGUAAUUGUUUAUUGGGUUGGAGCUUGUGCAGGUUCAAUCCUUUCUUUGAGGGUGUACAAUAUGCCUUUUAUUCAAAAUUUUAUCAAUAGAAAAAAGGAGAAAAGUACUUAGAGCAAUUUCUUAAAUUUUCGAUUGACCAAAGAUUUCUUCAAAGAUUUUGUGUUCAUUCGUUGAUUUUUAUUUAAAAUUAAUAUUUAUUUCCUUUUUACCUCCUGUAGCAGUUUUUAGAAUAACGUUAAAAGUUAAGUUUAACGAUUGAUAAAAGUGUGAUAAAUAAAAGACAAAAGAACGCACACAUUUAGGUGUACAAAAAGUGAAUUUAUUAUAUGACAAUAACUAAUUCCAAGUGUACAAAUUAUAUUGUAGAAAUCUUCUAAUUUGAUUCAUCAAGUGGAAAGAUUAUUUAUUAAAUCCUAAAUUUAUUAAUAAUAUGUGUUUCUUCAUAUAUAGGUAUGAAUUUAAAUAAGUUAUUUUCAUGUAUUGAAACAAAGAAUGUAUUCUUAUAAAUAACAUAUAUAUU